CUACUCAAAGGAAGAUUUGAAGUUAAUUGAAGAUUUAAAAGACUUUUUCAGGACAACCCUUGGAGGAGAAGUGGGAAGGACCUUAUCAAGUCUUACUGACAGCUUUCACUGCUAUCAGGAUCAAAGAACAGCCUGCCUGGAUCCACUAUUCGAGAGUGAAGAAAGCACCCAAGAAACCAUGGAUGGUCGUCCCUACAGGGCCCACAACUCUGCGGUUCUCCAAAUCAUGAUGGUAAUGGAAGCAUUACUAGGCUCAAAUGGAGCUCGAUGGCACUUAAAUACACAUUUCGCUUUAACCCAGAAUAUCUCUAGGAUUCUGAACAAAACAGAUUGUUGGGUAUGUACUCACUUACCAGAAUACAGAGGAAAAGGACUCCCUUUAAUUGGUAUUCCGGUACCAAAGGAUCAUUCCUGGGCGAAUCUUUGGGAAAAUACUUCGUGGAAUACUAACAAUGAUGAGAUCUGGAAGUUAGAAAUAACUAGCCCUGAGGCACUGGAACCUUACUGUACAUGCAUACGGAGAUGUAAUCCCCCUAAGGGACAAGGGAAGAUUGACUGUAUUGGUGGAACAUAUGUGGGGAAUCAUACCGUUUGUAAUAAGACAAUAGACAUUGGGACUUCAAUUUCUGUUAAUACUACAGCAUGGCCAGUGCCGGAAGGAAAAGGAUGGUACUGGCUAUGCAACGACACUGCUCGGAAAGUGCUACCUAGAGCUUGGAUGGGAACGUGUACCUUGGGAGCAGUGAUUCCAAAUAUAACUAUACAUAAUUCCCCACUAAAAGGAACACCUCUCCUAAGGGCUAAACGAGAUAUUGAAAAUCCUUUAGUAAGAAGGCCCACUGCCUUCCAUAGUUUUGCCCAGUGGUUCCUUCCAUGGUUGGGAGUAAGUGAACUGGAAAAAGCCAUUGUCAAUAUCUCAGCAGUAAUAGAGAACAUCGAAAAUCGGACAAUAGAUGCGAUAAAAGCACUACAACUAGAGGUAUCUAGCCUGUCUCAGGUUGUAUUAGAAAAUAGAAUGGCAUUAGAUAUGUUGUUAGCCUCCCAAGGUGGAGUAUGUACGAUCGUAAAUGCUAGUUGUUGUAUGUAUAUAGAUCAAGGUGGAAGAAUCUCUACAGACCUGGAAGAGAUUAAGAAACAAACUACAGUUUUACACGAGGUAAUGAGAGAUGACCUAACAUGGGGGUUUGAAGAGAUGUGCAACAAGUUAACAGCAUGGUUACCUAAUUUUGGUUGGUUAAAGCAAAUUUUUGUUACAAUCAUUGUCCUUUUGGCGUUGGGAGUAUUGAUCUGUAUCAUGAUAAAAUGCUUCAUGUGGCACUGUCAAAAUACUGUAAAAAGCUAUGAAGAUUGGAAACGAAACAAAAUAAGACACCAAUUAGAAACAGGGAAAUACUUUGAAUCUUUUAAAGAAGAUGAAAAUCUGUGACAGGCGGAAGAAUCCGCCUAAGCAUAAAGAAAAGGGGGGAAUUGAUGCAGAGGCUGACACUAGGCCUAGUAGAUGCAGAAAUAGAACGUAUGUUUAGACUCAGUGUAUUGCCAGAUAAAGGAGUUUGGAAUUUGUUAAAAGACUAACAACUGUCUCCAUAAGUUGAUUUACGUAGACAAGCCAAGGACAUAAGCCUGUGUAUGUAAUGAUAGGUCCUGUUUGUGGAGGUAUCCUGUGUGAUAAGGGGAGAUGUUCUGUCUUUUGUGAUGACUGAGCCAAAGUUAGGAGAUAAGCAGAGAAGUUGCUUGUGAGGCCCAGAAGAGGAGCGUGCUGCGCAAACUCAUACAACAUGGGUCAAACAGCGGACAAGUGAGGAAGACUAUGGACGACCACCAGAGGACUCCAAAAGACCACCAGAGACCUCCAAUGUGCUUGCGUAAAGGACAUUUACAUAUGCUAAUAGUUUCCCGGAUAACUAAUGACUAUGCAUAACAUUUCUCGGAAAUCUAGUGACUAUGUAUGUGAGACAUGUAUUUAACCCAUACAGUUAAGCUCGUGGUUAAGCACGUUUGGAGGAGCGAUCCCCCGUGCUUCCAGCGCUGCAAUAAAGAAUACUUAACUCCA